AGGCCUGGCUCAAGCAGGAUAAUUUUGACUGGCCCCAUGCCACACAAGACGCGUGGCGAUGCCCCUGCGCCGGCCGGGCAGGGCCAUCAAGCGCCCAGCUGCCAAGCCGGGUGUCAAACGGACCCAGAAGGUGGUGGCUGAAUGCAGCAUCCCUUGCGGUGGCCUGGUUUUUCGCGAGGAUCCGCUGGUAGUGUCACAGGCGAGGCGCUCCAACUCUGCGGACCACCAGCCACUGUUCUGUGCUCACUGCGGCAAGCCGUGCGGCGCCCUGCACGUGAACCUGGCCCUGGCUGCCGGCACAACCAGCCGGACGGAGCUGCUGAGCAUUGUGCGCAACACGGACGGUGAGGAGGCCUUGGCCAGAUGGCUGGACUUCGCCACCAAGUCGAAGGAGCUGCCCGGUGCUGAAGCAGCAUCGGGGUUGCACGUCAUCGACGAGGAACGAUAUGAGGACCUUUGCUUCUGCACCUCGAAUUGUCGGGACCAAUUCUGCAGGGUGGCUACAGAGAGCUCGCACGCGGUGCUGGCUGCUGCCAACGCGCUUGUUGCUCGAGCAGCUCUGGAAGGUUGCCGACUUCGCAGCCAGAAGGAAGUGGCAGCAAGGCUUCGACCAAUACUCUCUUGCGCUCCUCGGGCAAGGGAUUUGCCGGUGAGUGCGGCGCAGCUCGAGCGACAUCACCGGCGCCUCGCCCGAGCUCUGGCCGACAAGACUCAGAUGCCAAAGGCUGCCGCCAAAACGUUGGCUUUGUCACGUGUGCCGCUAGACCUGUACCAUCGGGUGGUUGCCGCUUUAGACGCAAGGUCGUGGUACUUGAGUGGUGAGACCAUUCAGUCGCCAUUGGGCCGAUACUGCGAACAUGCCUGUGGGCACGCCCUGCAGAGGCGUGCAGCGGAGGCGAUCGGUCCUGUCGUGGGUCAGCUGCUCAAGCGGGAGGAGAUGCUGACAGUGCUUGACAAGCAGCCGCAGGUCUCCCAAGACGCAAGGCAGCUGGCCGUGCCUUUGCCCGAUCCACGGACAGCCAAGCAGAGUGCUGUGGCAUUCUGGCCUAAGCUGCUGACAGAUGACGAGAUUGCGCAGGUGAAGCUGAGCAGCGAGCGGCCACGGCAAGGCCAGUGGUCUACGUGCUAUUUGCAUGCGGAUGGUGUGGCACACACUUUUUUGGCCCCCAUUCUGCAAAAGCUGAAAGACCACGCGGUUCACAUGGAUCGCCAAAAGGGUUGGAAUUGCUUGAAGGGUGCUGAUUCGGAAAGGCUGCGCGUGCGCUGCGUAGAACAUCACGUAGUGACGUCUGGCGGAGCACUGCCUGAUCCGACUCACUUUGACGGAGGCUCAGUAUUCACCAUUGACGUGAUGCUCAACUCGCCAGGCAUCGACUUUCAAGGUGGUGAUUUUUGCACCCUCGAGAGCAGCGGUGAAUUGCAACCCCACAGCUUCGCCCGCGGAGAUGCACUAGUUUUCCUCUCGCACAAGGCACACUGUGUGCAGCCAGUGACGUCGGGGGAGCGGCAGACGCUGGUCAUGGAGCUUUGGGAAGGGGAGGAGCGCCGCUGCAAUCACCGCUGUGAGCAACGCUGGGGUCCAUGUGAGGUCGUGGCAGGUGCAGCUCUGCAGGUGGAUCCAGAGCGAAUUCGCGAAGAAGGUCCGAGGCUCUUUGCACACACCGCCUUUGAAGGGGUCGCAUUCUUCCCUCAGGUUGCUCAGAUACUUCGGCAGUCUGCAUCCUCGAGCGGCAACGUGGAGGUGGUCUUCGAGGGGACGGGCCCAGUGGCCAGUGUCAGGGCCAAGCGUGAGCUUCGCCAGGGCGAAGUCCUGGUCCUCAAGCCCGAGGACGAUUGCGAAAGCAGCGCGAGUUCGGAGUGAGCA